AUGGAGAAGUAUAUGGAAUCACCACCUACCUUGCAGGUUGAUCCUUCCUUUCCUCAGGCAGAGAAUCUGACUCUGCAGCCACAAAUGCAGCAUCCAACCAAGGGGAACCCUGCUAUGAGAGGCCAAGACAUGCCUGCCCUGGCCAACCCAGUGAUGCCUGUACCCUGCUUACUUGAGCAUCUCCCCCAGAUUCAUGGUGACCCUGCCAGUCUCUCAGGGUUCCUUGCUCAAGUGACUACCUACUUGACAGCUCUACAGAGCUCCAAUCCUUCCAAAGAUGCCCAGGUCAAACUCUUUUUUGACUACCUAUGUCAGCAGUUGGGAAGUUGUGGGGCCAUAUAUGGGCCUGACCAGAGCACUUUGCUGAAACAAUGUGAGAACUUUGUUCUUGAGUUCCAGCAGUCAUUUGCUGAACCCACAAAACAGGAAAUGAACCCUCUGAUGAAUACUAAGGUUGACAAAGGGGACAACUCUCAACAGAACACUACUACUUUUCAGCUUUUUGCUCAAAAUCUAAGCUGUCAUGAAACCAAUCAGAGUUGUCAGUUCCAAGAGGGACUAGCUGACUCCAUCCAGGAUGAAGAGAGUAUCACAGAUAUGAUGGACAACCUCCCAGACCUGAUCACUCAGUGCAUUCAGUUGGACAAGAAACAUAGUGACAGGCCAGAGCUCCUACAGUCAGAGACUCAGCUACCCAUGUUGGCUUCCCUGAUCCAGAAUCCAGCCCUCUCCAGCUCCACAGGUCCGACACCCAAAGAAGAGCCUAUACAGCUGCGGGGAGGCCAGCCACCUGUCACCCCAGCCAAACGAGCUCGCCAGCAAGAAACUCAGUUGUGCCUCUACUGCAGCCAGGCUGGUCACUUUACAAGAGAUUGCCUUGCCAAACGUUCUCGAGCCCCGGCAAGGACAAAUAACACAACUCACCAGUAA